UAAGGCGGUAGAGCAAUUUAAUGUGUUGUACAAGUAUAUAACAAUAACUAAACAAAAAAUCUUUAAAUAUUAAAGAAACAACACAUCCAACAACUUUGACACUCCGUUUACCAAUCUAGAGAGAGAAUCUAGAGAGAGAAACACCAUUCCAUUGCCAUGGGUAGAGGAAGAGUAGAGCUGAAGCGAAUAGAGAACAAGAUAAACCGGCAGGUCACCUUCUCGAAACGUCGAAACGGUUUGCUUAAAAAAGCUUACGAACUAUCCGUCCUCUGCGAUGCCGAAGUCGGCCUCAUCAUCUUCUCCAGCCGCGACAAACUCUACGAGUUUGGCAGCGUCGGUGUCAUGAAAACCCUUGAACGUUAUCAACGUUGCUGCUUUAAUCCUCAAGACAACAACAAUGAACGUGAAACACAGAGUUGGUAUCAAGAGGUUUCCAAGCUAAAAGCCAAGUUCGAAUCGCUUCAGCGCACACAAAGACAUUUACUUGGGGAAGAUCUUGGACCACUUAGUGUCAAGGAACUACAUAAUCUUGAAAAACAACUUGAGGGGGCUCUUACUCAAGCUAGACAAAGAAAGACACAAAUCUUGGUAGAACAGAUGGAAGAGCUUCGCCGCAAGGAACGCGAACUUGGAGACAUAAACAAGCAUCUAAGGAUCAAGGUCUCACACGAGAUGACAACGUUUGAGACAGAUCAAGGUCAGGGCUAUAGGGCACAACUUCCAUGCCCAUGGAACUCUGGUGUAUCUCCUGGUAACAACAACAACACAUUCCCAAUGCACCAAUCUCACUCCAAUCCUAUGGAUUGUCAACAAGAACCCAUCUUGCAAAUAGGGUAUAACCAGUUUAUGCAUGAGGAAGGACCAUCAGUUCAGAGGAGCAUGGUUGGAGAGAGUAGUAUGCAAGGCUGGGUUAAUCUUUGACCAUUAUUCUAUGUAAGGUCUUCUACGUCAGCAGCAUCUUAUUUGUAAUAAUAUUGAUGAAGACUUAUUUGGUAGGAUGUUUUUGUGAUAAUUUGCAAUGUGUUUGCUAACAUUAAUUAUAAUAUAAGGGUGUAAUAUUAUAUACAUAUUCAGAUAUUCUAA